CAGGGGUUCAGACCUCCAACAGACUUCCUGAGCAACACGACUGAUAGUUCUAUCUUCCCAUCUAUGCCUGUCUUUAAUUAGUUUUUCUUUUAUUUAUUUAUUCUUCCAUCUCUUCUUUCAUUCAUCUGUAUUCUUGUCUUACAAAUCCAACCACUCUCCUAAUACUCUUGAGUCUCUAUUCAGUCUGCCCUUGGUCCAUCUUGCCAUACAUCUGUCCACCGUCGCUCCACGCGGUUGAAAAUUAUGGUGGUAUAUUGUGUUGUACUGCCGCUGUCAUGUCCGCCGACAUGUCCGCUCCAUCCGUGAGGAAGAAGAAGUCGUUUGCGCGGACCUCCAAGCCAAGUGUCAGGAUGUGUAUUCGGGAACAGAGGGAUGUCAUAACCAUGUCAUCUUCAGAGGUGUGCUGGCCGGUGCCGAUGCGAGCCAUUGGGGCUCAAAACCUCCUCACCAUGCCGGGAGGAGUUUCCACAGCGGGAUACCUCCACAAGAAGGGAGGCAGCCAGUUCAGCCUCAUGAAAUGGCCUCUGAGGUACACCAUCAUCCACAAGGGCUGUGUGUACUACUUUAAGAGCAGUACCUCUCCUGCACCACAGGGGGCGUUCUCUCUCAACGGCUACAACAGAGUUAUGAGAGCAGCAGAAGAGACAACGUCCAGUAAUGUGUUUCCUUUUAAGAUCGUCCACAUCAGUAAAAAACACAGGACGUGGUUUUUCUCUGCAGCUAGUGAGGACGAGAGGAGGAAAUGGAUGCGAUACCUGCGGAGGGAGAUAGAUCACUAUAACGACAGAAAAGAGUGCCACAUUCCAAGCGACUCAGAUUCAGAUGCUGACAGUUUCUACGGCACGAUUGAGAAGCCCAUGGAUAUUAAACACCCCGUGGAUAACGCAGAAGAUGAUUAUGCUGAGGAUGAUGAUGAUGACGAUGAGGAAGACUAUCUGAAGCCAGACGGUGACAGUUCGCAGACAUCCACAGCUCGACCCACGGGGCCGCCCCCCACCUAUCCUCCUCCUCCAGUGCCGGCAACAUUCCAGGUCCGUCAAGACUCCAGUUCAGGUUCUUCCAAAGGAGCACCUCCUCCCAUUCCGUCGCUACCAAGAAAUCCAACCAGCCUGCUCCCCAAAAAGCCCCUGCCCUGUGUACCCCCUUCCUCCAUACUAAAAGACCCCAACAAAGGCCAGCCUCCUCCUGUCCCAUUUGCCCCGCACCUGCUGCAGAAGUCCUUCUCCUCUAUCCCCCCGACUCCUCCGCCCCCAAACACAAAGAAAACUCUUCAGAGCAGGGCGACAUCCGUAGGGGGGAUCGGGAACGACAAGAGAGACUGGAGGCCUUUGCCAGCCACAUCGGUCCAAUCUCCCGCCACUCUGCCUAUCUGCAACCAAUUAGAGACCAGAAUGGUCCUAAAUGGUCCCAUACACUCCUCCCUUAAUGCUGGAGGGAGCCAGUCGCUGGGCAACAACCACCACGGGUUGAUAAGCAACCACCGCAGCAAGCCGAGCAUACCGACCCCUCAUUCUGCGAAUCUUCUAGGGUCCCUCAACCAGACGUCCUCCAUUCACCCACCACUGCCUGGCCACCCUCCAGUAUCUCCUCUUUUGAAAACUGGACUACACAAUAAGCCAGGAAUAUACAAACCUCCUCUACCUACAGCCAAACCCACACUGCCUGGAGCCAAGUCCAAGCCAGGAACCCCACUUCAAAGGGCAUCUCCAGAGGGCCAAAGCUUCCGUUCACUGGGAGACGAGGCACCCACAGAGUUCAGGAAGCAGCGAGACUUUACCAAACACAGCAAAGGAGACGACUCUGAUGAGGACUAUGAGAAUAUCCAGCUGCCAGACUCUGUGUUCAUCGACACAACUGAAACCAGCUUCGUAGAAAAGUUAUUCAGAGAGGGCUCAAUCCCUCCACAGGACGGACUGUAUGGCAUCAGAAACUCAGGAACCAAAACAUCAAAGGUGCUGGUGGUGUGGGAUGUCGCUAUAGGCAAAGCCAGAAACUACCGGCUGUUUGCAGAGGAGGACCACAUCUUUCUGGACAGCGAAGUGACCUUCCCCACUCUGUCAGCUCUGAUUGAACACUACUACAACCAUCCUCUUCCUCACCACGGCUCGCUCUGCCUGCAGAAGCCCUACACAAAGACACUGAUCUUCUGAUUGACACAGUCAACAUACAAAAAUACAACUGCUACCAAUGGACACAAAAAGCAAAGGAGAACCGAGACUAAGGGCGUCUCUGCAUCUGGAAUCCAUCAAUCCAUCACCUUUUCUCAUCUGUUGCAGCAGCAGACUGCAGCAUAAAGCUUCUUGGUAAACAACAAGGACAGUAACUUCUCUAAAAUUCAGGCUGCUAGGACACCAGCUAUUGUGUGUGUAACUUAUGUCAGUCGUGAUGAAGACAAACUAGACUCUUCCCGCAGCAGGCCAUACCAAUCCGCUUUUGUGCACUGAAAACAUCAGUUACUGUAAAUACACAUCAAUUUUUAGGGGGAGAUAUUAGUUACGACAAAGAUAAAGCUUUCUAAAAAUCUAGCAAACUCUUUUAAUGGACAAGAGGUCAAUUAUUCAGACACCUGGUCUGUUUUUGAAACACCUCUGCUGCUUAAAUGCAAACUGAAGAAUCUGUGUUUGCAGAUUCAGAUGGAUGUGAUAUGUUUUGUCCACAGAGGGGCGCUGUGACACCAAAUUACAGCUUUAAAUUCGGGUUCAUGUGGGAUCCUGAUAACCUCUGUUUACCAGCGUUUCCUGUAGGUCAGUCCCAAUGCCCACACUCGUCCACACAUCUCCUGUAGAAGCCAACUGUGUUUACACAUGCUUUACCACAGUUUAUGGUUCAUAUUUAGGAAAGGAUUUCUCAAAAUCGCAAGUGAUAUAUUGCAUAUUUCUUUUAGCAAUGUCAGAUAUGUAUGCGCUAUUAUUCUCCAAGUCUCAUCAAAAUGAAUAGAUUUUUGCUAUUAACAGAUAACCACCUCUAGAGGUUCGGCCACAACUGCGUUUAGUUUUAGUUUCAAAUGACACAGAUACACUGAACCUCAACGUCAUGAAUUGUCUUUAUAUUUUUCACAAACUUUCGGCCUCUUGUCCAGACCAGACCUUGAACCUCAAACUAAUUUAGUGUCUCUAACUCAUUUAGUGUGCUGAGACAAAAGACUGUGGGAGUCAUUUCUGACUCCCAAGCACUCUCAGCACUUUAGCACACUCCCUUGAAAUUUUCAGCAUUGUUGAGCCCAAAGCCCAUAACAAGAGGUUCAAAAAAGUUGCACUUUUUCUAGUGUAAUAACAUUUUAAAAGGAGUGUUCCACAGUGUUGUCCUUGGAAGGUGGAAAAAUCAUCUCACUUAUUAACUCAGACCCCACGUGUUGCAUCAUAUUUGGCUGAACAUGAAGGAAUAUGAAUUUUCUUUGUUCUCAACUGCCAAAAUGUUGAGAUCCUGUAAAUACAGUUUGUACAGCACUGACUUUAAUGUUGUAAAUCACUCUAUAUUUAUAUGUAAAUGCUGUAUGUACUGUAAAAACUAUGCCUGUAAAAAUGUAAAUAUAUUGUUUUCUACAGAAUUAUAUGUUGACAAUGUAUAAAGGAUUACUCAGAC